AUGCACUUCCUCUCCGCCACGAGGGCCCUGCUCGUCGCCGCGGUGGCGGCCUCGACGGCCUCCGCGCACAACAUCGUCCUGCCCGCCCACGGCCUCGAGUGCUUCUACGAGAGCCUGCACAAGGAUGACAAGAUGAGCGUCACCUACCAGGUCGGCGAUCGCGAGUUUGGCAGCGCCGGCAACCUCGACAUUGACUUUUGGAUCACCAACCCGGUCGGCCAGUACGAAAUCAACGAAAAGUCCGUCUCCAACGGCGACCACAGCUUCGACGCCAAGUACGACGGCAAGUACACCUACUGCUUUGGCAACCAGCACUGGGGCGCCAACAGCAAAGAGGUCUCCUUCAACGUCCACGGCGUCGUCUACGUCAGCGAGUCCGAGUACAAGUCUGAUCCUCUGGAUGCCGAAGUCAAGCGCCUCUCCGACCUCCUCGCCGAGGUCAAGGAUGAGCAGCAGUACAUUGUCAUGCGCGAGCGCACCCACCGCAACACCGCCGAGAGCACAAACGCCCGCGUCAAGUGGUGGAACCUUUUCGUCAUUGGCGUCGUCGUCGGCGAGUCCCUCUUCCAGGUCUGGUGGCUCCGCCGCUUCUUCGAGGUGAAGCGCGUCGUCUAA